CGCAAUGGCUCUUCCUGCUUUGUUCACAAGCUUCGUCCCCUCCUCGAUCAGCCAUAGCCAACCCUCUCUCUCAUUCUUCAGACACCCUCGCUGCUCCUCCUUCUCCUCCGCCGGCGCUAAAUCUGCGACAUGUGCCUUGACGAUUGAAAAUCAAGAGACUGUGAGACGUUCGGCGAAUUGGAAACCUAAUGUGUGGGACUAUGGGUUUCUACAGUCACUCACCGUAGAUUACACGGAGGAUAAAUAUACCGAGCAAGUCCAAAGGUUGAUGGAAGAAGUCAGGGGUCUAUUCGAUUGGGAGACGAACCAGGUGGCCAAGCUCGAGUUCAUUGACGCAGUUCAAUGACUAGGACUAGGAUACCAUUUCCAGACGGAGAUAAAAAACGCUCUUAGUUCCAUCUAUAACAACGCUGGAGAUGCUCAGCUUUCGCACAAUCCCUAUGCCGCUUCCCUUCGAUUCCGGCUACUCAGACAACAU